AUGGACGAACUCGUUUUCGCAAGCAUGGACCGCUGCCCAAGCUAUUCUUCUUUCUUCGGGGCGCUGGGCUGUGCGGCCGCCAUCGUCUUCACCGUCUUUGGCGCCUCCUACGGCACCGCAAAAUCCUCGGCCGCCAUCUUCGCCGCCGGCGUACUCCGCCCGGAGCGCCUGAUGCAGAACACGCUCUGCCCGAUCAUGGCUCAGAUCCUCUCCAUUUACGGCCUCGUCGCCGCCGUCAUCAUUGCCAAUGACCUCGACGAGAAGCAGGCCCUGCACACGAGCUUCCUCCAGCUCGGCGCCGGCAUCAGCGUCGGUCUGUGCGGGCUCGCGGCCGGGUUCGCCAUCGGCAUUGUCGGCGAUGCGGGAGUGAGAGCCACCAACCAGCAGCCCCGCUUGUACGUCGGCAUGGUCCUGAUCCUCAUCUUCGCCGAGGUUCUGGGCCUCUACGGACUUGUCGUCGCCGUACUCUUGCAAUCAAAGUCCACGGACAGCGUUACCGAAUGUAAGUUUUGA